AUGACCGCUGGUACGUCUCCUCUUACGUCAUCGCCACUCACCUCCUCCCCACUCGCAUCCUCCCCGCUCGCGUCCGUGUCACUUCGUCCUAGCAAGAUCAAACCAAAGCCUGAUAUGCCAACGACAUUACCUCCGGAAUCGGUGUGCGAAUGCUUUAUCUGUCAUUCAGUCUCACCCUACAGCCAACAACCCCCACCAGAGAUCCCGGUCAAUCAACGACAGGAGCUUUCACGAUUAGCGCCCACGUGUCCUUCGAUCCACCUCUUUUGUCUAGCGUCCAGGAUACCCAUGUCAUUGCCUUUGGAUCUGAAUCAGAAAUCACCCUUGACCCGAUCUAUCCUCGACUAUUUCUACUCCACCUGGGUGACGGAUGAUGAUGACACUCGCAUCCCCCGAGUUCAGUGCCUCAACUUUAUACCCAUUCAUCCAAUCACAGCGUCGUGCUUUGAUCGUUAUUUAGAGGGUCAGAGCUGGAGCAAGCGUAUUUGUCGACCUCUGUGGCAUGCUUCUGACCUUCGGUGCAAACUUGGAAUGGAGGGCAUGUAUCGUAACUGUAUGCAGGACAAAUGCACGAGCUGCUUCAUCUUUAAUGAUGGUUUUGAGAAUACCAUUGCAAAAAACAAGUAUGUUUAUCUGUCACCUAAUUCGUCACGAGCUCAUGAUCAUAUGAUUGCGUUAAGGAGUUCAACUGCUGGGAAGGGAGAUGGAGAUUUGGACACGGACAAUAAGGUGCAGUGCAUGAUUCUAAGUUUUGCAGCUCUUGGACAUACCUAUGAUAUGCCUCCGAGUCGUGAAAAGAUGAAGAGACCACCCAAGGGAUUUGAUGUUGUACGUCGGCAAUAUGAGAUGAAUGGUGGAAAUGGCAACAGCAGUAGUACCAGUAGUCGUAAUAGCGAUAGUUCUGUUGCGACAUCGGGUGAAGAGUAUGGAGUUUUUGCAGCAGAUGCAAUUGUGCCGCUUGUGAUGGUUCUUUACAAGGUGAUUUGA